ACCACCUACAACUAGUUUGACAGCUCGGUCUUUUCCUGUGCUCACGCGCAGAGCAGCAGCUACAGUCAGCUGGGCUCCCGCUUCUCUCUUUGUGCUCUCAGUUUUAUUAGGAUGUGUGCCUCUUGCGUCUCCUGCUGGUUAUGAGGAAUUUCACGCGCCCGUAGCUUUGGCCACUUUUUUCCCUCUUGGACCUUUUUUGUUUGGUGUUGGUGUUGUUUUUUUUUUUUUUCUUUUCGUUGACGAAGGGGACGUCAGUCAAACAUGUCGAAGAGCGCGGAGGAGGUGAACAAGCUGACAGAAAGUACAUACAAGAAUGUGAUGGAUCAGUUCAACCCAGGACUGAGGAACCUUGUCAACCUGGGAAAGAACUAUGAGAAAUCCGUGGCUGCAAUGACCCUGGCGGGAAAGCUGUAUUUUGAUGCUGUGUCUAAGAUUGGGGAGAAUGCUGCAGUCUCUCCAGUCUCCAGAGAAUUAGGUGCAGUGCUGAUGGAAAUCUCAGAGGUCCACAGGAAAGUUUAUUUUGAGCUGGAAGAACAUUUUAAGAGGUUCCACAGGGAGAUAAUAACCGAGCUGGAGAAAAAGACUGAAAUGGAUGUCAAAUACAUGACAGCCACAUUUAAGAGGUACCAGACAGAGCACAAGAUGAAGCAGGACAGUCUGGAGAGGUCCCAGUCAGACCUGAAGAAACUGAGGAGAAAGAGCCAAGGCAAGAACGCCAACAAGUACGAGAGCAAGGAGAGCGAGUGCCUGGAAACGUUGACAAAUCGUCAGAUGGACAUGCAGUUGUUCAUUGCAGACAACUGUAAGGAGGCUCUCCUGGAGGAGAAGAGACGCUUUUGCUUCCUGGUGGACAAACACUGCAUGUUCUCCUAUCAGUUCGCUUCCUUCCAUGACAAGGCCAGAGACAUUCUGACGGCAAAGCUGAGCAACUGGCAGGACCAGUGCAACGAUGCCACCAACAUUCCUGAGAGCAUGUUGUCAAUGAUCGAGGGACUGCGUGUGCCCGUCUCCAUCACACCGAUGCCCUCUCCCUCCCCGUCACAGCGCAGCCUGAGCAUGACUGCUCCCCCGGCUCCACCUCUGAAGGCUCAGAUCAGCCCUCUGGCUAACAUGUUCACCCAGGAGAACAACACUACCAGUGCAGUCAACACUACCAACAACAGCAUAGACCAUAGGAACAGUGAGGACAACAGUCUUGGCAGGUCUGUGUCUGUUGCAGCAGGCCUCAAUAAUGUGGUGAAGAGGCCACGUGUGCGCACCAUCUUUCCCCACAAUGCCGGCAACAACACCACACUGCUCAGCUUUGACGAGGGAGAUGUUAUCAUCCUGCUCAUUCCUGACGAGAGAGACGGGUGGAUGUACGGCGAACUGGAAAAGACUGGAAAGAGGGGCUGGUUCCCUUCAUCUUACUGCCGUGCACUCUCGGAGCCACUCGUGAAUGACAAUAAUGUGUCUGCUGCACCAUACCGUAGCAGGAGCGUGGUCAACCUGCACCAUCAGGACACGGAGACGGACGAGGCGACCAUGGUGCUCCCUCCGGCAGACUACACCAACAACCCACAGCGCAACGGCAUCAACAACAAUACAACCACCAGCACCGUCACCACAAAUAACCACAAGCACUCUCCCACGCCCUCUGCAGCCUCCUCCUCCUCGUCUGAUCCCAAUACGGCAGCCCAGCCUAAUGGCAUCUCGAGACCUACACCUGCUUACCUGGUGGGAGGAAACCCGUUCUCCACAGUCAGGCUACGUCCAACCGUCACCAAUGACCGCUCUGCACCAGUCAUCUGAUCUGUCCACAUUUUCCACUCACCAACCUUCCUGUCAUCUACCCAUGAUGUGCUACUCUACCCUGCCUGUAGUCCUGCAUCGUCUCCUGGCUGAAACCAAACAAAACAUGACCCAGCACUAAGGAAAAAAAAAAAAGACACUUGAAUGUGGGAUCCCCUUACUGCUGCAAACUCCCGUAUGGAAGUAUUUUGGGACCAUUUUAUUUACAGAACAGAUGCUCAUAUUUAAGAUAUAUUUUCUAAGUCUAUUUUUUCCUUCUCUUUGUGUUUUUAUUUAAAAGACCACAAACUUACCUGGACUUAAGAAAUAGAUGGUCAAAAGAAAAUGUUGCAAUGUAUUUAUACUGUUUCUUGUUAAUCAUAAAAAAUCUUUUUUUUUUUUUGUUGCCAUAGGACAGUAGAAGAAUGUACUGUAGAGGACCUCUGUACUUCACCUGCAGGUCUUUACAAAAGGUGCAACUCAGUGUCAAUGCUAAAGUGCUUUUCUUUGUCAUGAGGAGAAAAAUAAUUCAAGCAUUUAAAGAGAUGGAUCCAAAAACACAAACACGUGAUCUUUAUCCUUCAUUCUGUCUUGUAGAUUAAUUUGUAUAAAUGCUAUGAAUAUUGUCCGUUACCAACUAACUUCACUUUCUGUAGAGCUAGAUGAUAGUGGAGAGACCUUUGCCUUUAUGACACAUAACGGUACCAACUGUAAAUUAUUUACCUGUGGACAUGAGUUAUGACAAUCACCUCAUCUUCACAUAUACAGUGCAAUCGGUUCUGCUUUAAUCAUUACACAUGGCAUUUUAAGACCAGGCUUUUUUUUUUUUGGUCAUCUCUGGUCCACAUUGCACCUUUAAUAAAACUUCUGUAUGAAAAAUAAAGAUUUCUUCAAUUUUAGCUUGUCAUGCAUUCCUUUGUUUAUAUCAAAAGUAACAGUAUAUUUCAGCUCAUUUACAGGCGCUGUGUGAAAAUCAGAUCAAAGAAGCGGUCAAGCCCUUAAGUAGCAUUCAUUUUUAAUUACAGUAACUGAUAUAAAAGUAAGAACCUCAAUCAUAUACAGUAAGCGUGCGUAGUGUGUUCUCUAAAGCAAGAAGAUUUUUGUUAUUACUCCCACUCAGUUAUAUUUCUUUCUUCUGCCACAGAUGGUUAUAUAACAUGUUGCAGUGAUGGAAGACUGACAUGGAAACACUGCAGAUACAGGGACAAAGACAUUCUUGAUCGAUUGUCUGGCUGGAACAAAUGGGGCAGGGUGACUUGUCACAGAGUACUAAGAUAAAAAUCCAGAGAGUAUACACAUAGAUUUCUUCAGCGUUUGCUCUCAGCAUGCUUCUUUGAAGUGACACUCCAACCAUGAAAGGAAGAGUCUGCACUUGUUCCUCUUAAAGUAGGAAGUCGAACAGUGACUGAGGUUGUAAAGUCGAGGGCGUUUCAGAUUGUAUAUAUUGUACCUGAGGUCUGCAUUGGCCCUGGAAAAGCACAACCCAGCAGAAUAAUCAAACAAAUGUUCAGUGCAAAUAUGGCCCCAUGAACUAAUAUCAACAAAAACAGAGAAAAUGCUGCAGACUUUGUCUGACGAGUCCAUAGUUUGACAGACAGUUCAUGUCCAGCGUUCCUUACACAACAGUUUUUAAACAUGCCGUGUUAUUCCAUGUGACGUACACAGCCAAAAAAAAAAAAAAAAAAAGUUUGAAUUUCCUGAAAAAU